CUCUGUAGUGGCACAGUCACAAUAAAGAUAAUUGAGCAAAUGGAGCAGUUUUACGUCUCGUUAACAUUUUUGACAAUAAUUUUCAAAGUGUUGGCAACUCCAACGCCGAUCGAAGUAAGCUGUACAAAACAUGACGCAGAUCGUCACUGUAUUAUCAGCAACAUAACCUUGAAAUCAACAAGUGCCUCCCAGUACAGCUUUCCAAAGGAGUCGGUAAUCCAUCUGGAGAAUUGCACCAUUGAUUAUUUCUCAUCGAAACUCGCCGAAAAACUAUCGGAUGCCACCGUUGAACUAUCGAUCGUUGACGGAAAUGUACCCAAAGUAUAUGUGAAGCCCACUUUAAAAACAUUAACUAGUUUACGGUCGGCAACCAGUGUAGUGCUUAUCGAUGCUGUUGAAAAUCACAACUUGGAAGUGCUGGACAUAGCAGGAGACUUGCAUGCUGUUCCGAAAAAAGUUCAACAUCUAAAAAAUUUACAAGUUUUAGAUUUGUGCAGGAACCAAAUCGAACAGGUAACGUUGGAUCACUUCCAAGGCUUAAAUCACCUUAGAAAGUUGAACCUGGGACAAAACCGUAUCAACUCGAUUAGUUCAUCCAGCGACGUCAAUCUGCCGGCCCUGACCGAACUGUUCCUGCAGGGCAAUCAGCUCCGCACGCUGGAUUUGACUCAUCUUAAAGCGGAUAAUCUGCAGCGGUUCUACGCGUCGGAAAAUCAGCUUACCCGUAUCGAUGGCUUUCCUGGCCGCCGGUUUUCCAGCCUGGUACGAGUAGAUCUCUUCCGCAACGAGUGGAAUUGUGAAUGGCUGAAGGAAACACUGCAAACACUGAACGAUACCGAGGUGGAGACCCGUAGCUAUCUGCCGAAGACCGAACAGGAUUGCGAUGAGAGGAGCACGGUUAAAGUAGACGCAAUAGAAUGUCAGGCUGUGGGAAACGCUUAGCCAGGGGAUUACUGAUAGGUGAUAUUUUGUUAAAAAUAAACGAGUAAAUCUUUUACUUUUCAUAGUUUCCUUAUACCUAAGAGCUCUGAAAUAGUAAAAAUCAAAUGACACUGGAGUAGAAAUGUUGGCAAAAAUUCUAAGUAGUGUAGAACCGAACACACAAUUUAUAAACUUAAUCUCUUCCAUUCUGAAAUAGUAUUGUAAACUAAUCUUUCGCUAACAAAUUUUUGCGCUGCGCUUAUUGCUCAAUAGAAAGUUGUACGAAGCAGAAAAUUGAGCUU